AUGUCGUUGGGAGCGUCCCUUGGCGUUUAUACAUUUGUCAGCUCGGCUGAAGAUCAAAAGACAAGUGAGAAAAAUCGACAAGCUGAUCUGGAUACUGCGCGUUUGUUGAGACAACAGCAACUGUACGAUAGAUUUAUUACUGAGAUGUAUAGAUUACACAGACAUGGUGAACUAAGUCCAGAAGCAAUUCCAUGGGUAUUUGCUAAUGCACGCUAUAGAGCUGCACAUUCACAAUUCGAUGCAGAACGUCAAGAACUCUGUCUUAUAUUUCUAAAAGAACGUAGAUUAAUUGGAACAAAUGAAAAAGUCAUUGACCCAACUGCUUCUCUUAGUCUUCGUCAAACAUUCAGUCUUUCGCCUAAAUAUCCGUCACACCUAAUCAGAUUGGAUGGACUAAACUUUGAUAACCUUCAGCUAAAAAGCUACACUCCAAAUAUAUUUCAAUUAGAUAUGCAAGGUGUCAAGUUUGACAAAAAUGACCGUUAUUUAUAUAUUGGAGAAUGGUUUAACACAGUUUAUAAAUUAUCAUUAGAUAAUAUUGCCGGAGACAGAGAAGUUGUAGCAAGUCUGAACACGCCAGAAGGUAUUACGGUGGAUAAAGAUCGCAAUUUGUAUGUUGCUGACUUUAACGUCCACUGUAUCUUACGAUUCAGCAUGCCAGAUAAUGAUACGAAUGGAACCGUAAUUGCUGGUGAGAUUGGAGUAUUGGGUAACGAUUCCAAUCACUUAUUUUUCCCACAAUUGAUUUUCGUCAGUAAAGCUAACGGACUCUAUGUAGCAGAUUCUGGCAAUCAUCGCAUCCAGUCGUUUUUCCCGAUUGGAAAUUCUGUCGGACGAACAGUUGCAGUUCAAAUUACAAUUACAUUUACAAUUGUCAAUAACACCAAAACAGGUUUAACAAAAGAUGAAAUGAUUGCUAAUUUAAAAGAUAUUCAUAUUGAUGUUUCUCAUGAUCUACCUGUUGAUGAUUUACAUGAUCUUUAUGAAGUUAACAAAUAA